UCAUAAUAACCCCUUGACUGCAGUCUUCUUUUGUUUGACCCUAUAUCCUGCUCCAAUCUAUUUCCUUGCUUUUUACCAAAGAAACCAUUCUAAAUAGUGAUUCUUUAAUUACAACACUUUUCUUGCCUAAGUUUGAACUGCUAUUUUACAUUGAUUAGCAUAAGAAAAUGGCAUCAAGCUCAAUGUCCUCCCGUGGUUCUGGUUCAUGGACUGCCAAGCAAAACAAAGACUUUGAAAGGGCUUUGGCUGUGUAUGAUAAGGACACCCCUGACCGUUGGUACAAUGUUGCCAAGGCGGUUGGAGGGAAAACUGCUGAGGAAGUGAAGAGGCACUAUGAGCUGCUUGUGGCGGAUGUCAAGCAUAUCGAAUCAGGCCAAGUGCCCUUCCCCAACUACAAGACCACUGGCGGGAAUAGCCGAGGAUGAAAAAUUCGAGCUCAACUGAAGAAUGGACUUGCAUCUGAUGAUCCAUUGCGCUAGCUGCUACUAGUAUUAAUAAGUGAUAGUACUAAUAGAAGAAUCGCGAUUAGUGAUUCCAUUUCCUCUUCUAAGUUUUUUUGUGCUCAUAUUUAUGUCGCUAAAUGUAUCAGGAACAGACACAUAAUUAAUGUGAUCCUUGCUUCCUCCCUGUGUUUUUGUUGUGAAAGCAUCUCCUGUUGGAAUAAAUAUAGUACGUAUUUUGUUUAUCUUGUAGCGCUUUUAUUUUCAGUACAACAAAUAAAUAAUUUCCAAGUUGAAUUGAAAGAACUGAAGAA